UCAUCACUCAGCUAGUUUGGUCUAGUCAAAAUGGCGAGCCUCACAUAGGGGUCGAGUGUGAUUAGCAGUCACAUUUUCAUCAUUUCUGGGGAGUUUAUUAUCUACCUUGUGAGCUAUCCUGACAAACAUGUUCACAAACAUAGCUCUGCGAACUGUUCUGAAAACGUCAGUUGGUGUUUUGCGAGAAAGCGGCGCUCUGUGCUCUGCUCUGUCAGCGAAACCCUGGACAUGCAGCUCGGCGUUACUAUCAGGACCGAGAGUCUGCUGUGUUGCAGGUAGCUUUGCUGUCCCACCACCAGUGAGACAUUAUGCCCGGGCUGCAAAGAAAAAAAAGACAGGCCCUGAGAGCCAGCUCAGUGAUCUUCCUCCAACAAUGCUGAAGAUGGACUACACUGCUGUGCCCCUCGCUCAAACGACUGAUGAUCUUGUCAAAAGACUUCUGUCGUUGGAGUUGGCCAGCCAUAGGGAAAAGCUACAGCUGAAAAAGGAACAGCUGAUUGCUAAGGUCCAAAAGGAUGAGAAUGACCGCAGCUCAGUGGGAGUCCAGGUGGCUAUUUUGACUGCGAGAAUCCGAAACUAUCAGGAGCACUUGCAAAAACAUCACAAGGACAAAGCUAACAAGAGGCGGAUGCUCAUGGCUAUCGACCGAAGGAAAAAGCUUUUGAAAAACCUGAGGUUGGUUAGCUACGAUACCUUUGAGAAAGUGUGCGAGCAGCUAGGCAUCACGUACACCUUCCCUCCAGAGUACUACAGACGGGCCACUCGCCGCUGGCUGGCCAAGAAGGCCUUCUGCAUUAAGGUCUUCAAGGAAGUCCAGAAGCAGAGAGCAGAGCAGAGGCUGAAGAUGAAGCAAAGUUUAGCCUCUACAGACACAGAGGCAGCCAAGACAAGAGCUGUUUAGACCCAAUAAAAGACAAUAUUCUGUAUAUUACAACAAUUGAUUCUAAAUGCUUGUCUUAACCAACAGCUUUCAUUUUUCACCUUCAAAAACGUGACAUUUGGAUAAAUAGCUCCAUUUUUCACGUGUUACCAUUAUACAAUGUUAUUUGCUUUUGCCUUUAUGGUGAUGUUGAAGUUAAUGGAAAUAAAAUGUCCCAAAAUGGUGUCUUCAAAUGUA